AUGUCGUUUUUAAAAUGGUUUAAACCCCGUCGUAAAAAACUUGUUGACUCAACAAAUAAUCGAGACAAUAUUGCUGGUGACGAUGAUGUAAGGCCAGACGAAGUCGAAGAAACAGCAAAAUCUAGAGGUCGUGAUGCCGGAAAUGAAAGCCAAAAUGAUGGAAAUAAGCUGAUUUAUUUUGCUUGUCAAGCACCAAAGCAAAGUGUUAUCGACAAACUUCGCUCAAUUAACAGUUCUGUUGAGACAUUCACUGUGGAACAAGAAUGUAUUGAUCAUAUGACACCAAUAACUCGAACAGUUUUUCUUGUAAUUGAUGGUUUACCAUCGACGAGUUUUAUUGAAGCUAUUAAACCAUUAAAGCAAAUUGAUUCAGUAUUUUUUUAUGCUCCAUCACCUGGCUCAAUCGAUGAUAUUAACAAAAAAGAACAUUCUUAUAUUAUUAUUUCAUGUGAAAAUGAAGAAACACUUGAAGCUAGUAUCAUAAAAUCUCGCGAAGAACUUGAUAAACAAACAACUGCAUUUAGUAUAUAUAAUAAAAAAGAAAAAGCAACACGAGAUCUUUCAAAGGAAGCUGGUUCAUUUUUAUUUUUUCAAAUAUUUAAAAUUGUAUUACAAAAUAUGCCAAAAUCAGAUGGAGCAAAAAAAACUAUGGUUUCAACAUGUCGAAAUUAUUAUCGUGGAAAUUUAACUGAAUUAAAAAAUAUUGACGAUUUUGAUCGAACAUAUAAAUCAGAUGACGCUAUACCAUGGUAUACAAAAGAAACAUUUGUUUAUAAAUUUAUUAAUAAAGCACUUCGUACAGAAGAUAUUGAUGUUUUAUAUCAAUUUCGUUUUUACAUUAUGGAUCUAAGUGAACAACUUGAAAAAAAAUUUGACGAGCUUAGAAAGAAACAAAAAGAUAUUCUUCGACUUUAUCGAGGUUCAAAAUUAAGUGCUGAUGAAGUAGAAAAUUUUCAACAAAGUAUUGGAAAUUUAAUUUCGACAAAUGGGUAUUUAUCAACAAGUAGUGAACGCUCAGUUGCAUAUGGUUUUGCAACAAAAUCUCCUAGAAGAGAAGGUUUUGUACGAGCAUUAUUUGAAUAUCAAAUUGAUUUAAAUGAUGUUAAAAAAAUUGUUAUUGCUGAUAUUCGAGAAUUUUCAGCAUUUCCCGAAGAAGCCGAAGUUUUAGUUGACAUUGGAGCAUCAUUUCAAAUUGAUUCAUGUCAAUUUAGUCCCGAUGAAGAUUUAUGGCAUGUUAAACUUCAUGCAACUGAUCAAGGUGCUGAUAUCGCUGCUGAAUAUAUGGCAUACCAAAAGAAAAAAACGCUUGAAUCAAACAUAGUUCUCAUGCUUGGUAAUUUACUUCUUGAGAUGGGUGAAUAUAGUAAAGCAGAAAGCUAUUUUGAUACGAUUCUUAAUUCUGAAAAUCCAAAUGAUGAAGAAGUUGCUUGUAUAUAUUUUAAUUUUGGCCGUACACAUCGAUUAAAAGGUGAUUUUAAUCGUGCAACUAAUUGUUAUCAGCGUGCAUUGAAACUCCAUAUGGAUGCUCGACCAAAACGUUUAGCUAGUGCAGGAAAAACUUUAAAUGGUCUUGGAGUUGUUUAUAGUGAACAAGGACGACAAAUGCAAGCUGAAGAAUGUUUUCAACGUGCUAUGAAAUUAUAUGAUAUAAGUAUUCCAAAAAAACAUGUUGAUGUUGCUGGAACAUUAAUUAAUUUGGGUACCAUUGAUUGUGAUCGACAAGAUUAUGAUAGAGCAUUGACGAAGUUUCUAAGAGCAAAAAAAAUUUAUGAUAGUUCUCUUCCACCGGGUCAUCCAAAUCAUGCAAUACCAAGAGUUAAUCUCGGUAAUGUUUAUUUAGCCACUGGAGACUAUCUUAAAGCUUGUGAAGAAUAUGAAAGCGCAUUGAAAUCUCAAGAAGCAUCAUUACCAAGCGAUCAUCCAGAUAUAGCUCGUACAUUACAUAAUCUUGCAGUUGUUCAAACGCAUCUAGGAAACAUUGAACUAGCAAAACAAUAUUUACAACGAGCAGAAGAAACAGCUGGUCAUACAUUAUCUUCAAAACAUCCAGUUAUGUCUUUACUUCAUAAAACAAAGGCCGUAAUGGCAGAAGAAGUUGAAGGAUACGUUUAUUCACGACAUUAA